AUGAGCUGUCUGAUCACGAUCAUCGCUCUGGCCAUCGCCGCUUUGGCGUCCGCAAGUGCCCAGAGCCACCAACUGUACGUCCUUAACUGUCCUGAAAACGUCAAGAUCGGCCAGUCGUCCGUGCCGUUGCGUGCCACUGAGUUAGCCGAUGUUGUAUCGUCGACAUUGGGUUUCACCGUCUCGAAUGGAGUAAAAACUUGGAGCAACUUAAUGGUGGCAGAUCCAUUUUCAUUACCUGAAGCUGUAGUUGUUCUCGAAAUACCCGGAUCAAACAAUCCUGGUUUUGACCUAAAUAAAGUUGAGCAUCAUGAUUUAAUUUUGGAUGAACCCUUAGAUGAAGUGUAUGCUACUGUGGAACAUAGAAUGAAGGAGAGACUCGACAAUAAGGCAUACAGCAUUAUGCAUGGUUCCUUAACCAAUGAUGAAUUUCUGAAAAAUCAAGUAUUCCAUCCAAAUUUUAAACUUAAUCCUAGUAUUAAACCUCAACACAUUGAUUCAUAUGAUGAAAAGUAUAAAGUAUUUUUUAAUGAAAUUUACAACUUGCAUCAAUUGGGACAAGGUGUCAAAGAGAGCAUGUUGAAAAAUAAUGUGCCAGAUUUACAUUGGUUUCAAUUGCAAGGUGUAAAAGCUUUGACCGCUGUCAAUGAACCUAAUUCAGCAGAAACUAUUGAAGGUGAAAAAGUUUUAAAUGAAGCUAUAUCUACGUUGGUCCAAUCAUACAAUGAAAUUUACAAUAAUGAGGUGUUAAUAAUUGCUAUUACCAACAAUGCUAAAGAAUCACACAGAAACAAACGUGAACUUACUAGCAUGGAAAAGGAUCUCAAUGUUGCUGAACCAAUAUCAAAUGAUUUCCCAGUUAUAUUCAAUCUUAUACUGUGGUUCGUUGUUAUAUUUGUCUUUUCACUUUUAGCCAUAGCAUUGAGCAUUGCCCAGAUGGAUCCUGGUCGCGAUUCAAUCAUUUACCGCAUGACCAGCAACAGAAUGAAGAAAGAAAACUAA